AUGGCGGACAGAGAGGAGGUGAAUUUUGAAGAAAUUCAUUUCUCUCCGAUUCCCUCGCAAACUAACAUAUAUGGUCUAACCAAGAUAGAGAGCAGGGAAGAAGGAAACAAAAUAUUCUUGGCAUCUCUCAGUGGCAGGGUGGUUUGUUUGGAGUAUUUAUCAAAUUCGCUUGUACCGACCUCAAGAGAAGUGCCUUUCACUUAUAUUCCAGGUUUGUUUUAAUCGAAAAUGACCAAUAACUAUGAAUAGGAAAUAUUACUUUAUCAUAAAAUAUAUAUUUACAGCUGAUUUCAGUGCAGUGUAUACCCUGAUUUUUAGACAUGAUUCGACGGUCAUGAUUCGACCGAGAGGUUACCAAGCAGCACAGUAUUUUACCUUGAAUAUCCUACAUCCCAACAGGAAUCAAAGCACACAGUCACAAUCUGAAAGUUACUUUAAUGAUAGCUUGAAUGUUUCUCUUGUAAUUCAGAAAAAGAGGACUGUGAUCCAUAAUUUGUUCUCCUUUCCAGACAACAGCCUCUCAUACAAGUCACGCAAUCUAAUCGCAAUACAUGUUAUCGGGCGUGUGGAAGUCUCGAUCAAUACGUUUUUCGGCUCUUUUCUCAACUUUUUUUGGGCGUCUACCUUGAUCUUUAAAGAAAUAUCAUAAUUUACCCUUUUUCAAUAAAAACAAAUGUUGCUUUCUUUUAUGUAUGAUUUUCUUUAUUUGUGGUCACUAGGGUCAUAGGUCGAGGACCGCACAUUGUGAUAUUUUUCAAUGGUCGACAAAACAAAACUUUCAAACUCUCAAGCAAAUUCUUUCACAACGGCAGACUGAUCAAUUUAUCUGUUGAUUUCAUCUGCAAAACAUCACGUUUUCCUGUUAUUUUUUAACCCUGCAGAAGCUGAGUAAGGACGAAAAAGUACCAACUUGAAGAAAUACAAAUUUGCCUCCAUGAUAACUAAAUUUGCAUUACUGUUACAUGUGAAUUCAAUUGUGGGUGGUAUUCACCAACGGCGAAAUACGUACCGAGAGCUUGUCAUACGGAAGAAGACUAAACGAUAAACCAUCGGACUAUUUUGCUUUUCGCCCUAUUGAUAAUAUUUCGUCCAUUAUGAAAUCGCCUACAGAAAUACAUUCGAACUCGGCAGUCCAACUCCAGGUUUAUCACUUGAUGACAUGUUAUCAUAAUUUCUGUAUCAUGUCGCUGCUUUCCAGGCAACAAAGCUUUCCUCUUCAGGUAAAACGCUUUUGUCGGGAUCCUAGCUUCGUUACACUUAUGUCCGUUAGUGCUAAGCUUUCCUUGCCUGCCAGAUUUUUCUCUCACUGUUUUGGAUCCCACGGCAGAAUUUUUGCAACCGUUUACUGCGAGGCAAUACGUCACGUGAUUAGUGUCGAAUCAUGUCAGGUCGAAUCAUGACCGUCGAAUCAUGUCUGAAAAUCCGGGUGUAUACAUAGCAAUGAAAUCAGCUGUAAAAUAACUGUAUUUAUUAUGCUGAAGGUAUAUUAAUUUAAUGUUAGCUUAAUUUCCUUAUACGCUAGGCUGACAAUCGUUUACGAAGGUCCUAAAAUAGACCUUGUCACGGUUUUCGACGCCAUCUUGACGAGUAGGCAAACGCGUGAGAAAUUACAGUGUUUGUAUGAGAAUCUAAUGUCGAAUAAUUUCUGUAGAACGGCUGUUCUGAAAACAAUAUGAUUUGUGAACUAAAGCUUCACUCCCAAGGAUUCUACUGGAAAAAAUUGAGGGCAUUACAUGCUCUGGAAGACCUAGAACCACUUUUGAAAAUUUUCUAUACAUUUGUCUGUAAGAAAGUCCCGGGAAAAUUACAGACAAAUGUAUGGAAAAUCCAAAGCAAGCCUCUGGAGAAAUUUAGGCACAGGUACGCCUCUAACAUUUUUUAGGAUAAUCCUUUGCUUCGUAGCUUUAGUUUACAAUUGAUAUUUUUUUCAGAACAGCCGUUUUACAGAAAUUAUUUGACAUUAGAUUCUCACACAAACACUGUAAUUUCUCACACGUUUGCCUGCUCCUCAAGAUGGCGUCGAAAACCGUGACAAGGUCUAUUAAAAUUAAUUUUAUUUAAUCGCGAUCCAUUUUUGCUGACCUCCAGCCCCAUAGAUGAUAUUUUCUUCGAAGAGACUUUAAAGGUAAUUUAUGAGAGGUAUGGGACAGAAUCCUCUUUUUUUUUCUGAGUUUGGGGGUGAGGGUGAGGAAAGUGGGCUGUUUCUAAAGGAGCAGGGGGAUGAGGGGUACUGUGUUGGUACUUUUGAUCUUUUUUCAUUCUCAGGGAGUAAGAUUCAGCAUACGGCCUCCUUGGCAGGGGGUGGUUAUUAAAUGGACCCAGUUUCAAGACAUAUUUUGUACAAGUGAAACGUAAUUAAUUUGAGUUAAAUACUAGUCUUAAUACUGUCUACUCUGUCUACUGUUUACUCUCUCAGGGAUCAAUAAUGAUAAACAGCAUUUGCAAACAAAUAAUGCAAAGAUGAUGGAAACUAAGGGUGGCUUUAUUUACAGCCAGGAGUUUCAAUAAUGAUUACUUAUGUACCAUGAGGGCCCCAAGUGAUGGGGAUGAUUGAAUGGGGCAAAAAUCAAAACCCCUCAAAAAUCACUAGGGCUUCCAACAAAACCCAAAACAAAUACCUGGACCAAAAAUUACGGUAAAUCCAAAGAAUCCCAUGCUGAAUUUCCCAGCCUUAAAAAUUUUCAGAAAGAGUUAAAUGAUAUAACAUGCCAAAAAAAAACUUUAUAUUGUUUUGAAUACCUAAAAAAAAUCCCUAGUUUAAUCAAGCCUGAAGGCACCACCCCCCCCCAAAAAAAGAUACUUGCAAAAUUUUCCUACCCCAGAUUUUCCUUCCCCAGUGUUGUCAACAGCCACCCCCAAUAAAAAAGCAGACUGAGAUAGAUCAGUAUAAUGAAUAUAUAGUGCAUGAUAAGCCUGUUAUAAAGUAACUUUGUAAGUCAAAAAAAAGAAAUCAUUUAGCAAAUAUUAAAGUAAUGUUGGAAAACAUUCACAUCAAAAUUAAGUGAUUGCAUAUUUUCACACAAAGUUGUAUCUCUAGUCAUUUUUUUUUAUUUGACACUUUGAUUAAUGACCAGAAUCAGCAGAGAUUGUUUCCACUGAUGCUUUCAACAGACCAGAACCAAGCAAAGGACUUGUAGUAGGAAUAUCCUUGAUCCUAUUAAAGGUAAUAUUAUAUUAUAAGGCACUUUACAUUUAUAGUGUGUAUGAAAAUUAAUGCGAGCCAGGGAGACAUGCGAGUCGUGAAUCAUGUGAGCCAUGGCAGGAAGCCAUGCAGUUCAUUGAAGACACAUUAAAAAACAGUAAACUGUAAUACUGAAAACAUUAACUGAAAGCUAACCGUUGUAAAUAAGUGUUUAACCCUAAACAGCACUUAACCCUAGCCCUAAAAUGAGUGCUCAACCCUUGUCAGAAAAAUGUCAGUGCUCAACCCUUAAUCUGUAAAUUUGCAGUUUUUACUUUUUACUUGUUUUCACUUUAUUUUUACUGAUGGCUUGCUUGACUUCCACGACUUGCUGGCUCGCAGUUUUGUCGAGACCCCUUUAAAUAAGAGUUGACUUUGGCUUGAAUCAGAAACUGCUCACAGUAUGUUAAAACGACAUACAGGUAUGAGUAGUAAUGAAAAAUUAGAACAACAAUUUAAUCUUUUAUAUUUAUUUUAUAGCUAAGACUAGUCAAGCUUUAUCAUGCUCUAUAUUAAGAUUUGUGGACUGGUAUGACUAAGGUCUUAUAACCUUUUUAGACUUAUGAAGCCAAUGAUGGAUGCUAUAAAUUAUACAACCUUUCAGUGCUAGCUAAUUUGUUCAUGGAAUUGGCACCAUACCUCAGCUCUUUGGGGUAAAUAAUUGAGCCACUGCCACAAAACAGAAUGGGAGUCAACCCUAUUCCCUGUUUAUUUAUUAGAUGUAUCUCCACAGAAUUCCAGAAGCCACCAGAAACAAUUUUUGAAUAUUUAUUCAGCACUUGAAAGCAAAGCAGUGUUCUCUCUUGAUAGUAUAGCAGGUCAGUUGACUCUGUUUCUCCUUAAAUAGGCACUAUACUUGUUAUGAUUUCUCUAUUUCUUUCUGGCUUUGGCUAAUUCAAGAUAAUGACUGUUUUUAAUUGCCACAUUUAUAAUAACACUGUAUUUGGUAUAAUGAUCUGAGUCAUUACCCAGCAUAAAUUGUUUUGAAUAUUAGGUGAAUGUUAUUGUGAACAUUGUAAAAAAAAAGUCCAGACAUAAUAAAAAAAAAAUUAUAAUAAUUAUGAUGAAGUCGGGUAAAAAUUAUAUAUCAUUCGAUAAUAUUUGCCUGGUUUUUUUUCCUUUCAGAAGGUUGCCAGCAUCUUGAGUUGGAUUUUGUUCCAUUUCAGUUGACACAUGCAGAGUAAGGUUGCAAGAAUUUUGUUUUUUAUUCUUAUUUAAAGUAACUUUCAAUCUUUUUAAGGUCUGAUUUUUGAGAAACUAUCAUGGUGUUCUUAUAGUGGUGAAGUGGAAUGUAGGGAGGGUAAAUUGGCCUCCAUAAAGAGAUUCAAACACUGGCAUUCUGAUUGUAGCUCAAAUUUAAUUAUCAAUUAAUGCAAAGUUAAAGGGGUAGAGUAUUUUCAGUAUAUCAUUUUUUAAUUUUGUUUUUAGUUUAAUUUUAUCCUUGGUUUAAAUUCUAUUACUCACCAUGAUCAUACAUUGCUAUAUCAAAAAGCAAAGGAAAAUUGAGUUUAAACCAAGGACAAAACUUAAAACACAACAGAGAAACAAAAAAGAAAUGGGGAAGGAGAAGUGGCAAAGGAAAAAAAGGAAAAUAAUGAGACAAUGACUAAAGCAGCUCUUCCCUCCUUCCUCCAUCAUAUAUCCUUUGAGUUUUCCAGAAAAAAAAUUAUGCACUUAAUUUGAGUGUCAAAGUAUUUAGCACAAAGUACUUAGUUAAUUGAUGACACUAUUUUAAUGUCUCCUACUGGAGAUGGGAUGAGUUUGUGCCAUUUUGUUUGGUCAUCCAAGCCACACGACGGUGCAGCCAUUUGCAAAAGCAAUACCUUCAUGUUGAGUAUUGAUCAGGUUCUGGAAAUCAAAUGCCUGGACCUCCGACCUGUCAUCUCGUCAAGUGCUCUGUGGACUGGGCUAGUCCUGCUGUAGUUUGCCCCUUUUCCCUUUCUUUUCAAACUACUUAUUACUCUUACUCUCUUAUUGACAGAGUAUUCAUAAAAGGAAGGAGAGAAAUUGUGUUUCUACUUUGUGGAAGUGAUGAAAGUGUUCACAUGUUCUGUGAGGUUAGUGGAACAUAAUUUGUAUCAAGACUGAUAUAGAUGAAACAAAACUUGUAGUAUUUUAAAGUUUCUUUACCUUUCCAUUUUUUUAGGAUAGGAUCCACAAGAGAUUUGAAGAGCAACCAGUAAAAAACUAUUUUCCAGAACUACAAAAUUUACCAAGCAAGUAAGAUUGCUAUUGUAAUCUGUCACAGAUAGGACGGUUUCAUAUCUACUCAUUUGAAAUUACAGACUGGAUGCUGUAUCUGUCUUCACCAUCCUCCAAUACAUCAUCUUUGUUGACUGGAUGAGUUCUGAAACCCAUCAUACUGUAAGGAAUUUGUGGUCUCCAGAGAGGUGACUGUCAUGUGAAAGAGAUCAGGAUGCCUGUCAGAAAAUUAUAAUUAGCAGUUUACCCCUAAAGGAGACUAGUAUGGGCGUGGCCUAAUUAGUCUGUAUUUGACCCCUGAAGAAGACCAAAUAUGGGUUUGGCUCAGGCUUUAUUAAUUUUGAUCUGUACAAGAGACAUCACUCCAACAUAGUAUGACAGCAUUUUUAUAAAAUAAAGCACAACUUGUUGUGAUACCUUAGGAGACCAAUCUGGUUGGGCUAAGGCUUUAUACUCCAACAUAGCAUGACAUCAUGUUUUUAUGCAGAACCCUAAGUGAUACUUAUGGAGAAAAAAUGUCCCCAUUUUGGCCUUCCAACCUGAACACCCUCAGUGAGACCGAAAUCUGUCACCCCUAUGCAAGACGACAAGCAUCCCUGUCACUGUCAUACCCAAGGGGGGGAGGUGGUUACUCCCCAUAAUGUCCUACACACGAUCGAUGAUGGUUUUGUUUGAAAGGGGCACCUUUUUCAGGCUCUAGGUAUAUGAAAAGGAAGGGAUUUUACUAGUUGAAGUAUAAAAGGGGCGGGAAAUCUGUCAUUUCGGUUUGUAAGAGAUCUAAAAGGGCUAACAUGUACAUUUUAUGGCUUUAAAAAAGACAAGAAAACUUCCUGGAAUAGUGAUUUAUUCAUAUUUAAAAGACGGUGCAUUUACAGCAGUGAAAAGGGAUGAAAAGUUCUAAACUAGUUAUGUAACAGAGGUACCGUUUGUCAAUAGAAGGUAUAAGAAAGGGGUAAUUUUUCUGUCAAAAACGGAAUAGAAGAGGGUGAGGGGUUGGAACUCGGGGCGAUGCCUGCCCGUAUAAAAUUUUGUUGAGUACUCCCCUGGGCUUUCACAUAGCCAAGAGGAGUUUCCCGGGUUGUAGACGUGUCAUCAGCAUGUCAAGAAAAUGUUGUUGGGUGACCAUGGUAACAGGAUUGUCAAUGUAACUGUUUCUACUUCUAGGCCUGUAGACUCAGUAAGACUGUUGUCUUUUUCCAUACAGUAUUCUCUGGUUGGAAGUAUUAACUGAGCAGUCAAGACGAGUGACAGUUCUGGGAUGUCAGGAUGGUUAUGUUAAAGUUGCAGUCACAGACCUUACUGGAGAACCAAGUAUGUUGUUCUUCUAGCAUUGUUAGCUUUCUAAUGUACUUGGCAUAUUACUCUCGUCAAUUCUACUUGACUAUCCGCUUCAACUUUAAGUUGAAGUUCAAGGUUUCUUCUGAACGUCUCCGGCAACCUUGCAACCUUCGGCAACCUUCGCACAACGUCGGGUAACUUCGCAUGUCUUCAUUCAGUGCUCGGGACGCCCUUUGACAUCCAAGAUCUACGAGAACGAAAUAAAAUUCCGAUGCUUGUGACUUGAAUUAAGUCAACAAAAAAAAACCGGGAAAAGGAAGUGGAAACGGAAAAGGGAACCGAAAUCGAAACAAAAAGAGAAAGAGAAAACUGGAAAAAGGAUUCGAAAAGUCUAACAGAAAACGGAAAACAGAGAACAAAAAAGGGAAACAAGACACAAAACAGAAAAGAGCUUUAAAAAAAUGAUGGAGAACAAGAACCGACAGAUAAACCAGAGGGCGAAAAAUAAGGGUUACACUGUAAAUGCAACUGCUGCAUACACAUUAAACUGCGUUGAUCGUCAUUCACGUGUAACGUGUCAGAGUUGGCACGUGUACGUCAGCCUGCGACCAGGCUCCCAAAAUCUGUGAGCGAAGCGAGCUGAGCGUUGCCUGGGGAGAAAAAAUAGGCGCGGAGGAGGCUUCCCUGGCGUGAACGGCGCAUGACCACGUUGGAAGUGUAUGCAGUAUGUUAAAAAAGGACAAGUGCCGAUAUGGAUCAAGCUUUUUAAGUGUCGUACUGUAGGUGUGGCAGUAUAUUCUGCGCUGACGUCCCCGUUGAUUCACUUGUCUGCAAGUCCAAUUAAGGCGGUGCGAGUCAGAGUUAGUCAUUUGCAGCCUUUACAAAAUCUUUUGAAUCUUUUUAUACCGCUAUUAUAUAGAUUUUCGCACCGAUUUUUUCCUGUUUGAAAAUCAAGCCAAUCACGAAAUCCGUUUUUCGACGUUUUUCGAAGUCCGCUCGAUCUAGUUAGUAAUUAUUAUUCCAGCGGAAUGCUCUUUUAUCUUGCCACCUGUAUCCUUUAACAAUUGCAGAAAAACUCACUUAUUUAUUUUAUUUGCUUUUUGGUGUGUUACUUUGGCAGAUAUUGUAAAGGAGCACAGUCUGCAUCGGGAUGGACCAAUUUCAAGUGUGAAGUUAUUUUCACUGACUUCUUGCAAAACUGAAGCCAUCGAUGGUAAAAACAUUUUUCUAUAUAUAGUUACGGUGAUUUUUCAAGUAACUUCUAAGUUUCUCAGUUGUAACUAUAGGCUAUGGAUGUACUCGAGGGAUAAUCCCGCGGGAUCUGUGGCGUCUAACACUAUGGAAUUAGCAAUAUUGCCUCCACUCCCUGGAUGGGAUCCAUCGUAAGGCUACACCUUGUUUUAGUGGGACCUCGUACCAAUGUAUAGUCCCUGGGCCUUUCUUAAAAGCCGAUGCUUAUUCAGGAUUAAAUUUUAAUUCACGAUUGUAUUGUGGCCUUCCUAUAGAUCGUUGAGAGUAUCAGAUAACUCUACCUUGGAAUUAAGGCUCAACAAUUUUUCAUAAAUCCAUUUGCAUAUUCGCCGACAAAAAAGAGGUGCUUAUAAUUUGACUUAACCCAGGAUUAAUCCUCGGUAUCUUUCCAGGAACCUGGCUCUGGUUGCAGAUACACGGUGUGGAGCAGAGUUUCUUUAAGUAUGAGGAACAAACUAAGCAUUAACUGAAAACAAGUACAAGCUAUUGACUUCUGGGCCGAGUUGUUCUAAAGGCCUAUUCAGAGUGCAAAUCCAGGGUUAGUUAGCUACCAAGACAACUUGUUUGCUUUGUUACAAUUAACCCUGGCUAACUGCCACGUGUAACAAGGCAACGAACAACUACACCCUGAAAACACUUAAUUCUUGCAUUUUUUUUCUAAUAUUCUUCCCCGUAGAUGAAAAAAAUAUCAUUGAAGACGAAACUGACCCAAUCUCCGAGUACCACCUGUUGGUGAGCUGUUCUAUCGAAGCGAGCGUUGUUUUUACGUAUGUAUUCGUUUUCAUACAGGCUGUUCUUUUUAUUAGAGAAAAAUCCAAUCUGAGAUAUUAACGCUUUGUAAUAAAUGUCUUGCAUGAAUUGGUACCCUCGUUGGGAACUCCAAGGCCCGUGCUUUGCCUUAUCGAUCGAAGAGUAUGAGUGGAGUGGAGUGGAGGGGAGGGGGAGGGGGGCGACACGAACUGUCCCAUUUAUACAAGCAUAUGAAGUGCGUCUUAGCUAACCGCCUUAGGUAAUACGCGAAGACUUUUUGUGCCAUUUAAACGAGAAGUUCGCGUAUUUUUUUAAGACCCAUCUUCUCUGAGACGCGUCUUUUUCGUAACAAAUUGAAUUUGUCCAGGUGGGUGUUUGCGCGAAACGACAGUUUUAAAAAUUUGAAACCUGGACAAGCGCAAGCAAAGCUUCGACUUAUUUAAAGUAAUUUCGUGGGGUCGUUAUGUUCUCUAGUGGGUGAUCUAGUUGUCUUGUGUAAGUGUAAACCUGGGCCUAGUUAACUUUUGCAAAGACUUUUGGGACUGUUACUGGGGUUGGCCAAUAGGCGAAUCCUUGUUUACAUUAUUUGCCUUAUUAGCAUAGACUUAUCUAAUCAUUAUCUGAUGAGGCUAAUAAAAUGAAAUUUCUGAAUAUUGAAAGAGCAUUAAAAUUUCAGUUAUCUCUGAAAAUUUGAGCCCGAUAUACCAGACAGUUUUGGAGAAAUUCUCUUUGGAAAACCCCCAAAUUUACAAAGAAUGUAUGAGCUCAUUAACGUUUUGCCACCCAGCAAUUUUGCAGUAUUUAAUUGCUGCUAUUUUCUUUGUUACUGAUUGCAAAGAGCUGAUACUUGCACAAACUGCAUAAAUAAACCAGCUCUUUUAAUUUUUGAACCUAAUUGGUAUAUACGGCUACAUCUUUUAUGGGUUUAAUAACUCGUAUGCUAAUGAGCAGAAAUGUAGAUGAAUCCGCCUGUAGCUGACAGGUGCGUCCCUCGUAACGAUCUCGAAAGUCUUUACGAAAGCUAACUCGGCCUAGUUUCCGUGGCGAAUGUGCGUCUUUAAUUUACAGGAAUAUAAUCAAUGAAGGCUUUACAAGUAUGGUAACGUUACCAGAUUCAGAUGAUUUCGAUUGCGUGACAUGUACAUGCAUUGCUGAUGUAGACUGGGACGGGCGUAACGAAGUCAUUUUAGGGACCUAUGGACAGGUAAUGAAAAGGAUCUGGUUUGAAGCAGUUAAGUCUUAGGGCAGGGUUACAAAGUCAUGGCUGGGAGUUCUGGGUAAUGGAAAAGAGAAGAGCUUAUUGAAAGUCGAAUAUAGAUAAUUGCACAGAUGCAGUUAACAUAUUGUUCUUUUUCUUCUAAUUGUGUAACAAGGUAUAAAGUAACCCUCUCUCUCCGUGAGCGAGUUACCAGUUAUAUUGUACUUUAGAUCCUACUCUAUAACAGAGUCGGUUUUCGCACUGAAUCCCUGAUUUCUCGCUAAUAAGCACAAACAAUGGGUGAGAAAUUCCGGAUCUACUAUCGCCUUGUAGCUGAAUCACAGGCGACACUUUUGAAUUACAAGAAUGCGUGGUCAGAAAUAUAAAAUUAAACAUUACAGCGUAUAGAGGUCCUGGUAUUUAAUUGUACAAACGCCCACAAAGCGUUCAGUGUAUUCUAGCCGCGCCGGUCAAGGGACAGAGUACGUGAGAGGAGGAAAUCCGUCCCGCACCUCGGGAGGAACAGCUUUUCUCAGUAAAGGUAAUGCAACCUUGGGAUCGUAUAAGAUUCAGAGAAACUACCCAUCUCCGCCCUCUCCUAAACCAACGUUAACACCAACUUACAGUUAGGAGAGGGGUAGGUGGGGAGUUAGGGAGAGGUUCCUCUCUCAACGCCUAUUAGACAGUUGUUGUUUUUUUUUCUAGAAACAAACAGUAAAUUAAGGAGGUGCCCCUAGGAAAAAAUACUGCUAAACACCAUCCAUAAUAGGGUAAUGGCUGGUUAUGGAAAUGGUUGUAAAGUAAAGUCAAGCUUUUCAGCGGCGCUUUCACACAAGAUAUGUGUAGAUUAAUUCAAGGAAUUUUAAUACCUAAUUUCUCUUUGCUGACAGGAAUUACUUGUAUACAAGUGCAUCAGCGGGGAGAGCAGUUUGCAGUCUUGUUGUAACGUUGAUUUUCAAUUAAUCUGGAGAAGAAGUUUUGCAAAUCCUUUAUUCGCUAUUGAGUACGUGGAUCUAACAAACGACGGAAUGGAGGAGAUAGCUGUAGCUUCUUUAUCAGGGCUUCAUGUGCUACAAGUGAGUGUUAAUAUAGUAGUAUCGAGACAGACCUGUAGAGGAGGGGGGAAUGGCUCGCCCACGGGGGUGGUGUGUGUGUGUGUGUGGGGGGGGGGAUGCCUUCCCUCCGUGUUUGCCUUCACACUAAGUAUGCAACGAAAGGAAGGCAUGGAGAGCAUUUUGAAUCAUACUUUUUUAAUCCAAUAGUAACAUCAACUGGUUAACCAAAACAAAACAAUAAAAAGAAAACAAAAGCGAUUUAUCUUUUCUUUCUUCAUUUCAGCACAAUUUGAACAAAACAGAAGAGAACCUUUCAAAAAUAAAGGAAACGGCUUUACAAGACUCUCAAGAGAAAGAAUCAGUAACUUGA